CGCAGGUUCCGCAAAGGACUGUGGGAAAGGCCUGAGAGGAGGGCCAAGAUGGCGGAAGCGGCGGAGUCUCCGGGCGACCGGGAGACAGCAUCGCCCAGGCCCCUGUUUGCAGGCCUUUCAGAUAUCUCUAUCUCACAAGACAUCCCAAUAGAAGGAGAAAUCACCAUUCCCAUGCGAUCUCGCAGUCGAGAAUUUGACAGCUCCACGUUAAAUGAAUCUGUUCAGAAUACUAUCAUGCGUGAUCUCAAAGCUGUUGGAAAAAAAUUCAUGCAUGUCUUAUAUCCGAGAAAAAGUAACACUCUUUUGAGAGAUUGGGAUUUGUGGGGACCCCUCAUCCUUUGUGUGACACUUGCAUUAAUGUUGCAGAGAGGCUCCGUGGAUGGUGAUAAAGAUGGAGGGCCUCAGUUUGCAGAAGUGUUUGUCAUUGUCUGGUUUGGUGCAGUCACCAUCACCCUCAACUCAAAACUUCUUGGAGGAAAUAUAUCUUUCUUCCAGAGCCUCUGUGUGCUGGGUUACUGUAUACUUCCUUUGACAGUGGCAAUGCUGAUUUGCCGCCUGGUACUUCUGGCAGAACCAGGACCAGUAAACUUCAUGGUUCGGCUUUUCGUGGUGGUUGUGAUGUUUGCCUGGUCUAUCGCUGCCUCUACAGCUUUUCUUGCUGAUAGCCAGCCUCCAAACCGCAAAGCCCUUGCUGUGUAUCCUGUUUUCCUUUUCUACUUUGUCAUCAGUUGGAUGAUUCUCACCUUCACUCCACAGUAAAUUGGGAAACAGUAAUUUACAAUCUGUGAACUAAAGGCUCAUCAGGAAGAUAUCAUCCACCACGGAGCUGUGACAUUAGUUCUUUUGUCAAUUUUUGGUGGCUAUUAAAGCGGAACCAAAUGGCACUAUUGUCGCCUAUAUAAGGAGCUGAUGUUUGCAAGGCUGGCCUUUCCUCUUAAUGUUAUUUCUGUCAAGUACAAGUGCGUGCUGCACACAGUAUAGUGCCUGCUUAAGGCAUGAUGAAGUCACUAGUCCAUUCGGGUGACAGCUAAUGACUUGGGUAGCACAUGAAUACAUCUGAUAAGUUGAAUAGAAUUAGAAACUAUUUACAGCUUUGAGAAAAUCAGUUCCAGUGUAGCUCUUAAACAUAUUGCCUUAUGACUAUUAGAAUAUGUCUCUUGUCAUAAGUAAGAGUGGAUAAUUUCCAUUUUCUUUUAAGCUUAAAAAGGCAAUGGCAGAGAUUAGGGAUGGGGUUUUUAGAUAUAGAAAGAGAAAACAUUUUAACCAUUAUGCAUAUUUUAGUCAGGAAAUUCUAUACUUGUUGCUUUAAAAAGCAGCAAAGGACAUUAAAGUGUCAGCCUCUUUGGUCUUUUCGGACAGCCACCUUUCUGUUAUGCUUAACAACAAGCACUUGCAGUUAACUCCAUAGUAUUUUGUUUCAUUUUGUUUUGAGACAGGAUCUUGCUGUGUAGUCUAGGCUGGCCUUGAAAUCACCAUGUAGCUCAGGCUGGCCUCAAAAUCCUGCCUCAGUCUCCUAGAUGCUGAGAUUCAAGGAAUAUACCACUACACACAGAUUUUAGUCUUUAAUUUUGUUCCCUAUUUCUGCAUAUACAAUCUAAGAUGUUAUCAGUUGAUAUGUAAUUCUCCUUUGACUGAAAUUUUCCAAUGUCCAAUUUUGGAGCUUAUCCAAGUAGAAGAGCUUAGACAUUUAGGUUGGUGAAUGUCUAAUACAUAGUAUAAUGUGAUUCCCUUCUCUUAAGCUACAGCAGUUGUGAUACAGCGUAACUAGAAGAAAUUUUUCAGUAUUUUGUAUAGUCUGGCCUUUGACCAGAAAGUCAGGCUAGAUCAGAAGUCUGCAUUUAACCAAGUGAACAUGGAGGGAUUUAUUAAAAGGGAAUCAUACCAGCACUAUUGUCAUAUAUGGAGUUGAUGUUUGCAACACUGAUGUUCUAGUGUUUUGAUGGUUGAUUCAAAGAGCAGGUAAGGCAUAACAUGAGGUGAGUUUACAGCUGCUGCCUUUGCAUAGUGGGCUUAGCAGCUUUUUCUUUACAUGUGGCUUUUGGGUUGGGGAAUAGCUGUUUAUUUUCUAGGUUUUAGCUUUAUUAAUAAAGCUAAUUAGCUCUUUCAGACAAAUACAUUUUGCACAUGUGCACCUAUUUGUUCUCAAGUAUUAUGCACAAAGUGUGAAGGUUUUUCAGGGAGCUGAGAGUCUGGGGACAGGCUGAUUCUAAGCUAAAUAGGGCUCCUAAGGUACUGUGAAAUUGCACAUUAAGGAACUCUAGAAAACAAAGAUUAGGAGUCAGGCAGAAGAUUCAUUGUAAAUAUGCAGUGACUUAUAACAAUUUCUUAUCCCACAUUCUUUGUCAUAGAGUAUAAAUACUCAUUUUGUAAAGACUACCUAUGUAUAAAUACAUACUACUAAGAAUGUAAUUUCUGUAUCUCCAGGUUACCCAAGGAAACAGUACUAGGCCAAAAGGAUUCUUAAAUGGCACUCAGUUAUAAAGCAUUAUAGGAAUUUGUCCCCUCUGUUCUAGCCUUGUCCAGGACUUUUGGAUAUGUAUAUACUCAUUGUAAUUUACCUUUCAGAUUGUAAAAUAAACCCUUGUAAGGACAAA